AAUCCAUCGAAGCCUUCUCUCCGCCCUGUCCCUUUUUCAAGUAUCGGAAACCCUAGCCCUAUGGUGAUCUUCUUCCAUCUUCAGCAUUUGUACCAGCUCGGGGCUAGUGUUCUCACGGUGAUCUUCUAUUAGAUGUUUCAAUUUCUUUCUUUUGGUGCACCAGAAGCUCUUCGAGUUAUUGAUUUUGAAGAUUAGGGUUUUUUUGGCGGCCAAUCGGAGAUAUAUCCGCGCAGAUCCAUUCUAGUUUCCUUCUGGUGCCUCCUUCGUCGAACCCGAUUGUUCAAGAUUAGGCUUUUGUGCGGUUUUGUGAUUCGUCUUCAACCUGAAGAACCCGUUUUGCUGCACCUGGAAGAUAGGGUUUCUUCGAUUUUCGCCAAGAUCUGCGAAUUUUCGCUGAAACUGGGGCAAUCGGAGGACAGGAAUAUUUGCUACGCUUUCCUCGGAUGCUUUUGAAUUGCCUGAAGAAAAAUUGUUUGGCGAUUUUGAUUGCCCAGAGCCCGGAUUUCCAUUGAGAGAUAUUUUGGAGAUCAGCAGCGCGCGAAGAAGAAUCAAAGAGCGUGGUUCGAUUAGUUCAUCUUAUAUGAGUUCUUGAAAAAAAAAAAGAAAAAAAAAAAAGAAAGAGAUUCAAUUUUGUACUGUUUGAUUUUUUUCGGAGUUUAAUAUAGCUCUUUUAUUUUCAAAGCUUUUCUUUAGAGCUUAUUAUUUGUUCUUGUUAAUGGCGGUGUAUUAUAAAUUUAAGAGUGCAAGAGAUUAUGAUUCAAUUCCCAUGGAUGGUCCUUUCAUCUCAGUUGGUACUUUGAAAGAAAAAAUUUUUGAAUCAAAGCACUUGGGCAGGGGUACUGAUUUCGACCUUGUGGUCACCAACGCCCAGACUAAUGAAGAGUAUCUUGAUGAAGCAAUGUUGAUUCCUAAAAAUACCUCAGUUUUAAUUCGUCGAGUUCCUGGACGGCCACGGUUGCCCAUUAUUAUUGGACAAGAGCCAAAGGUAGAGAAUAAGGUGGAUGAUCCUGAACCGGAAAAAAGUAGCUUACCAGUUACUGAUGCUUCUACCAUGAAAUAUCCUGAUGACUCAGAGUGGGAUGAAUUUGGGAAUGAUUUGUAUGCAAUUCCUGAAGUUCUACCUGUUCAGUCAAGCAAUCCGAUUCUGGAAGCUCCCCCUACUAAUGCAGCUGAUGAGGAUAGCAAGAUUAAAGCUCUAAUUGAUACUCCAGCCUUGGACUGGCAACGUCAAGGUCCUGAAGGCUUUGGCCCUGGCAGAGGUUUUGGAAGGGGUAUGGGUGGUAGAAUGGGUGGACGUGGUUUUGGUCGAGCAGGGUUUGAGCGGAAAACACCUCCUCAGGGCUAUGUAUGCCACAGGUGCAAGGUGCCUGGGCACUUUAUUCAGCACUGCCCUACGAAUGGUGAUCCCAAUUUUGACAUCAAAAGGGUGAAGCCACCAACUGGUAUACCUAAGUCCAUGCUGAUUGCUACCUCAGAUGGCUCAUAUGCAUUGCCAAAUGGUACAGUUGCUGUCUUGAGACCAAAUGAGGCUGCUUUUGAGAAAGAAAUUGAAGGGUUACCAUCCACACGUUCCGUUGGUGAGCUACCUCCUGAGCUCCACUGCCCUUUGUGCAAGGAAGUAAUGAAAGAUGCUGUGCUGACGAGCAAGUGUUGUUUUGAGAGCUUUUGCGAUAAAUGUAUCAGGGACCACUUUAUCUCAAAGUCAAUGUGCGUAUGUGGUGCAAAAAAUAUUCUUGCAGAUGAUCUACUCCCAAACAAGACACUCAGGGAUACAAUCAACCGUAUAUUGGAGGGGGGUGGUAACAGCAGUGCUGAAAAUGCUGGAAGUACUUUUCAAGUCCAAGAUAUGGAGUCUGCUCGUUGUCCGCAGCCCAAAAUUCCAUCCCCGACUUUAUCUGCUGCAUCAAAGGGUGAACACAAGCCAUCACCUGUUAAUGAACAAACUUUAAAGAUACAUGAGACUGCAGUUGAGGUAAAGGCUGCUGUCGCCCCACAGCAGACUGCAGAUAGAGCCAGGACUGCAAAAGCAGCUGAUAUGUCUGAAGCUACGCAUGAGUCAGCGAGCGUCAGGGAACCAGCAGCAUCACAAGGAAGUGCUCCAUUGGCUGAGGAAGAAGUGCAGCAGAGGCUGGCUACCGGUGAAGCUGGAAAGAGAAAGAAAAAGAAGAAAAUCCGUGUGCCAGCAAAUGAUUUGCAGUGGAAAACCCCUCAAGAUCUUGCGGCUGAGAGUUAUAUGAUGCCUUAUAAUCCUGCUGCUUUUAAUAAUCCAUACUGGAAUGGAAUGCAACCUGGUAUGGAUGCGUAUAUGGCACCAUAUCCUGGCGCCAUGCCUUAUACGGGUUAUGGGCUAGGCCCCUUUGACAUGCCUUUUGGGGGUGGUAUUGUACCGCAGGACCCAUUUGGUGCGCAAAGCUAUAUGUUCCCUCCUGUUCCACCUCAAAGGGAUCUUUCAGAGUUCACUAUGGGUAUGAAUGCUCCACCUCCAAUCAUGAGCAGAGAGGAAUUCGAGGCACGAAAAGCUGAUUUGAGGAGGAAGCGUGAAAAUGAGAGACGGAAUGAAAGUAGGGACUUUUCCAAAGAUCGAGAGUUUGGUAGGGAAGUGAGCAGCAGUGGCGGCGAUGUCCCUCCAAUGAAAUUGAAAUCUAAGCCUAUUCCCCCUCCAUCAAGCGCUGACCACCACCGUCACCGACCCGAGAGAUCUCCAGACCGGUCAACACGCGAGAUUGAACCGCCACCGCGCCCAGCCAAGAGAAAAUCCGAGCACCAUCAUGAUCGUGACUAUGAUCGCAACUAUCGUGACCGCGACCACGACCAAGAGCGUGACCGCCACCACCACCACCACCAUUCGGAGUCUUCUGCCCGACCUGCUCUGGAAACGUCCUCCAAAGCUGCCGCAACAGCUGCCGCUGCAGAACGCAAACAUAAGCUCAGCGUCUUCUCGCGCAUAAGCUUCCCAGCCGAAGAAGUCAGCAAGAAGAGAAAGGUCUCGUCCUCAUCAGAGGCACCCCUUGCUACGCAUCAUCAGAAGGCGUCGGCAAAUGGUGGGUCUUAUGAUGACUACAAAUCGGCAUCGACAAAGGCAGCUUCAGUGACUAGCGGCACUGCAGGGAGGAAGAGCAGUAGUGGUGUGGAUUAUGAGUCAAGCGAUGAUGAUAGACAUUUCAAGAGGAAGCCAUCGAGGUACGAGCCGUCACCGCCUCCACCGCUGCAGGCAGAGUGGGAAGAGGACGCGAGGCAUCAUUCAAGAGGUUCCAGGGAACGGGAGCGAGAGCGAGAGCGGAGCAAACAUAGGUAGUUAAAGAGUGGGAUAAAAGUUGAAACGGAUAUAUGAUUAGGGAGCCAUGAAUUUAUCUCUGGUGCUUGAGCUUCUCUGGCUAUUGAGACCAAACCAGCUUGAGCUUCUCUCGCCCUUGAGACCAAACCUGGGAGAGGAGUUUAGGGGAAGAGAUGAUAACUUUGCGUUAUUGAAAUUUCUCUGUAUCACAAGCUUUGUAUUUAAGCUAUCAAGCUUGAUUUACAAUAAUAUAAAUUCCACUUUUCUUAUAAUAAAUGGCAAUCACUCUCUCCUUUCUUCUCC